CUGCUGGUGAAGAAAAAUUAUUAAAAAAAUUAAUUUUUAAUUUCGGAACAAAUUGCCGUACGCAACAAGUGUGCCUGGGCCUCAGCACGUCGCCAAGAUUGAUGAUUUAAUCAAACAAAUAAAUUCAGAGUAAGGCAAGACGCUUGUGUUUGCAUGCGUGUGCGUGUAUGCCCCUGCCCUCCCCCUCUUCGUUCAUCAUCCUGUGACUUGUCAGUCUCCCAUGCUAGUUUGUGGGCAAGUAGAGACGGAGAAGGAGACAGAGCCAUCGAAUUUGGAAUAGUUCUGUGCCAAAUCGGGGUCGGUAUCAGGAUCAGGCUUGGUUUAUUUUAUCCUCCUGUGUGGCUGGCAUAAAUGAACCAAAACCAAAUCCAACAAUUGACCUCCCACCUAUCGCAGGCACUUGAUCAGAAUUACGAUGUUGUCAAUUUGGAGGCAGUGCUCUCUGUCAUUUGUGCACUUGAGGGCACUACAAUCACCAAGGAGCAGUUGGAGGCCACCAGAUUAGCAAAGUAUAUAAAUCACUUGCGCCGUAGAACGAAGAACGAACAGCUUGCACGCCGCGCGAAAUCUCUUCUCAAGCGAUGGCGUGAGAUGGUGGGAAUCCAGCAAACUGCAACAGAUUCCCAGCCUGCUCCAUCUCAGCCGUUGACUGCUGGCGAAUCCGCUGUUGUUGUCGUGCCUUCGCAGCAGUCGUCAUCACCGUUGGCGCCACCUCAGCUGCCCAUUAACUUGCAGAAAAAUUUUGUCGACGUCUCCUUGGAACAGCAGCAACCGCUAGCUCUCCCAACUGUAACUGUCCCUUCAUCACACCACACCAACUUUUCCAACCUGAUUAAUAAUAUAGCCAGCAAAAGCGACGAAAGCAAACCAUUUAAGUUUCAAAGGGAGAGCGGUCCCAUUAUCGAUCAUUCUUCGAAUUCUGUUUCAAACUCAACUGCUGCUGAUAGAUUCACAGAUGCCGCUAUAGUUAUUGACAUUGUGUCUGACUCCAAUGACAAUGAUGGCGUCGUCGGAGGUGGCCUAUCGGUGCCUGCCAAUGUUCCGGCGCGAAAUAAAAAACUCAAAAAGGAUAAGAGACGCCGAGAGCGGGAGAGUCAGAGGCCAAAGGCGACUUUGCUAAAUCGUAAUGAGGUGAUGGGACAGCAAUCUAGAUAUGCAACCAAAAUCAACUGCGCCCCCUACAAAGAUGGCAAAGCUCAGGCGGUGAUUCCGACAGAUGCUGCAGAAAUAUUAUCGCUGUCGAAUAGUUCGAUGAGCUCUAUUUUAUCUGGAGAUGUUACUGUGGGAAAUUCUCAUAGUAAAAGCAUGCCCCCGCGACCCAACAACACUUCAGAGCUAACAUUUGCUGGCCGGUUUAAGUCUGUCAGUCAACCGGAGAGCGCAGUACUGAAUGGACACCAGUUUCGAGGAACGGAGCAUCUGGCGCCGAUAACAUUUGACGAUUCUAUUACUAAUGACUCCAACAUUUCCUUCAGUCGACUCUCCCCAACGCCAACGCCAUCUCUAUUUCCCUUUGAGGAACGACGAAAGGCACUUGAGGAAGCUGGGAAGCAACAGAUUGAAAUUUCUGUUCUAGUACCUCCCUCAACAACUACGUCGUCAUUAGGGAACGAACAGAGCAACAGAAGCAACGAUUUUAUUGAGGGAGGAGCCGCCAGCAGGGGCAUUCUGCCUCAAAUUCCAAAGAAGCGUGGGCGGAAAAAGGGUUCAAAGGGCGUGGAUUCGCUAAUAGCGAAGGAAUCGUCAAGCCUAUCGCAACAAAUAUUUUUUGGUUCUGGCGUCAAAAAAGUUAAAACUACAAAGGAACUUUUCAACGAGCUACAGAGCAGAAAACUUAGCAAUGUCGUUCAGUCAGUAAAUAAUCUGUCCAAUGCUUCCUCUGAUAGAGAUCGAGAGGAAGCAUUAUCAUCGCGCUCUCUACAACCAAGACCAACAUCCUCCUGCUCAGAAGCGUCCAUGCACUCGCCUCAAAUUUUAGAUACUUACUCCUCUAACAUCACCUUAAUGGAUGCGGAUAAGUUUUCAAAUCAAAACGAAGAUAUCGGAAAUACUGAUAGCGAUACAAUUACAUCGGAGCCAUCUCGCGAUAGCCAAAAAUCACGGGGAAACAAAGCAACAUCGUCGUUGGAGAGCAAUAGUAACUCCCUUCAAACCCCUUCAGCUACAACUGGGUUUCCCAACCAAACUCAUAAUGACGUGACCACACAAUUGAUGCAUGUGGUUCACAGUUUAGGCAGUCCGCCAAGCGUUGGGGAUACUGAGAAAAUGUAUCAGAGCCAGAUAGUGCCAUGCACCUGCAUCGUAGUGGAAGAAGAGGUGGACCCCUCUGCAGAGCAAACAAUAUCUGCUGACCGAUUGGAUAGCGAAAAGGUCACUCCAACGGGGCCGGACAGCAAUGUAUUGCCACGAGAUGACGAAGCGCAAGGGGAUUCCAUACAGAAACUGGAGCGAAAUGUUGCCGACGAUAAGACGGUUUUACCUGCUCCACAGAAACCGAUAAAGUCUAUUUUCGACUUGGAUUUUGAUGAAGAUGACGAUCCCCUACAAUCUAUAAUAAGGGAUCUUCGACCUCCUACUGUCGACUUGGAAGCAGCUAAUGGAGAUGUUAAGUCUAUGAUGACAACAUCGGCAAAUGUAAUCACAGCAACCAGUGGCAUCACUGAUGGGGCUCCUGUCCACACAGACGGAAUGGAUUUAGAUCAAGACGCCGCUGAAGCGACACUUGUACCUCUGCCUAUCUUCACCGUUCAUGAGGACCCCGAUUGUAUGGCAAAAGAGCGAUUCCUUGUCCAGACCAACAAAGUCACCAAUUUUCAUAUAAACGCUUUGCACAAUUAUUGCGUUCCAAACAUCAACGGCAAUUGGGAUGGUGUUGAAACGGCAUCGGAAUCCAUAAGCAGUCUGGAACUGUAUGCGGUAACCGAUGGCGCUGAUGUUGUCCCGAAAUAUGGUUCACUGACUUGUGAGCGAAUUCCAAAAGACCUCAGUGGCCUGAAGUUCGCACGAAGCAUUAGUAGGAUAAAAACUUUUAAAUCCUAUUUACCUCCUUUUCUGGGUGUGGCCAAGUGCUUACCAACGUGUCGAAGGGCUAACCGUCAGCGACGACGUUUCAAGGAAUCAAAGAUGCAGCCAAAGUCCCCUGAGAUCUCAUGCAAACUGGAGGAAUCCGAAUCGGAAUUGCCUUUUCUACAAUUGAAAAACGAAAAUGUUUCGAUAAUAAGUAAGAGUAGCCCAAGCCCCCUACAAGUUGAUGUGAAUGUCGGUGAUAAUAUUGAAGUCGUUACUAAUUUUGAUGAAGGCUCUAUUGAUGAUGAAAUCCAUAACAAUUCAUCGUUUCGAGGUCCCUCGGAAAACGAAAAUAGCUACAACCUGUUGAAAUUGGCUAAUGACGACGACUUGCCUUUGGAAGUGGGAGCUAAUGGCGAAAUGGAGUUUCGCGAGAAUAGUCGCUGUAGCAGUAGCUGCAGUAAUUCCAGUUUGAUCAAAACUCAGCAAACAAUCAAUGCGAAAUUAAGGAGCCAGCAGAUAACUGACCAAUAUGUGAUAGAACGAAAUCGAAAAAAGCGCAGAAAAACUAGGGAGAAAGAGCAAAAGCCGCGCAUCAAGAGGAUAAAGAUCGCCAUUAAUGGAAAAGUGACCAGUCAAAGGCAAAUCUCCAACAUUAGUAGUAGUAACAACAGCAGCGACAACGAGGACAAAGAGAGGGGCAGCGAUACUCUCAGCUUAAGCGACGAUAUCAAUGCCAGCCAAACACAUAGCCCGGCCUCUAACGAAGAUGAACAUGAUGACUCUUUUCAAAGCGGGACCACAACUUUCGAUAGCAUUGUCGCGGACGAAGAUGUUGACGGUGACGGGGACGCAGAUGGUGAUGGUGAUGGUGUUUUGGAAAACGAUUAUGAGAAUAGUGAUGAUGAAGAAUAUGCCAUCGUACAAAGACCUGUAGCUUGUGGAACCAGUAGCAAUCACAUCGUACUGACCAUUAAAAAGACACCAAGUAAAAUAAACUCUCCAAACUCAAUAUCCGCAGUCUCUCCAAUAACCGGAUCGGAGAUUGUUCCAGGAUCUGCAAAGAAGUCCUACUUUAUCAAUAUGAUAGACCCAAAUACAAAGCCCGCUGUGCAAUCGAGCUCAAAGGAGAACGAAGCAAUUGUAGAAGCUGAACCUCAGCUAUCUUUAGAAAAUGCAAAACCCGAGAACAUCAUUGAUAACCGAUCAUUGUUAUCUUCACAGACUUAUUGUAUUGGUAGUUAUCGCAGGCGAUUGCAUCGUCUUCGUCGACGUCGCUUACGUAUUGAGAAAUCCGCUAAACUUCGGAAUACAAUAGAUAUAGAGCUCAAUCAUUUGUUCAUUUCCAAUGCCGAAAGAAGCGCCCCAUUGUCAGAGACAAGGCUGCAUCGAAAACUAUUUUACAAUGAUGAAUUAUGCAGACAAAACAAUCUAGGUGAAAAGGAGCGAAUUUUAGAUUACAGUAGUAGUAGUAGUUCGAGUGAUAAUAGCGAUAUCCCGAGCGACAGUGACGAGGAGGACAAUAGUAGUUCAACCAACGAAGCAGAUAAUAUUCAAGUUGCUAAGCAUAAAACAAAUAUAAUUAAUAUUGAGACUGAUAUAAAAGCCUCGGCAUCCAAAGAUGCAGCUAAACAAGAAGAUGAAGAACCUUGCGAAUCGUCAAGCGAUAAUGACAACGGUGAUGAUGAUGAUUUUGUCAAGGAAGAUUUUGCUAAUUUGGACACUAAUAUCGAGAUCGAUACAGUCAAUAAUUUGCCAUUGCACAAUAAUGGCUUGUUGCCAUCUUUCAAUUCGAUUUGUGCUGAGAAUCCCCCGCGGUCAAUGCUACCUUCAGCUGCUCUAACUGAUGAACCGGAAACGAAUCCCAAACCCCAAAUCGCAUCGCUGAAAUCCCUACAAAAUGAGAAUUGUGAUGAUGUUAAUAACCUAUAUUAUAACAAUAAUAAUUUAGACGUAAUUAAAAAUAGCCUAGUACCUAGCCCCAUCCUUAAUGAUAGCAUUCGUGAGAGCGUCACUAGUAAUAUAUCAUCCAUAAUCUUGGCCAGCGACAACAAAAGCAGUAUCCAAACCAAUUCGCCCGGUAUCACGGAAUUAAUACGGCCUGACUGCCAAACUGGUAUUCGAGCAGUUGCCGCUUCGGACAAACUGACGUCCGCGAAGGAGGAUUCAAGAAGUUCUCAAGUUCACCAGUUUAAGGAGUGGCACCAAGUUCUACAGCUGCCGUCGUACAAUGACGAACCAUUGAUAGUUCUGCCCUAUGUUGUGCUUGAAUGAAUUCUGUGUGCACGUGAUAUAGCAUGGCCUAAUACAUAAACCUGUUGGAUGGAAUAAGAUUGGGGCAAUUUAAUACUAUAUAUUUUUGAAUAAUUCAAUACACAUUUAUAAGUUGGAAUGAAUAGUAAGUGAGUUGUAUAUGAACUGUAAAUAAAUUAGUUAUACACUA